CAUAUAGAUUGUUGGGCCAUAUGUUUUUUUGUUUCUUAUUUAACCCUACCUCUUCCAUUCCCUCCAAGUCCUUUACUUUCUUCACCUUUCUCUUUUCGUCUACUUCUUGGGAUCUGAUCUCUCGAUCUCUCACCGAGAGAUCGAAAAAGAGAAAACGGAGAAGAAGGAGAGAAUGGAGAAGUGAAAGACACAAUUCCCAAAACACAAAGACUCUGUCUUUUUACUUUUUGUCAAGCUUCUUUGUCUCUCGAUUCCAUAAAGUUUUUGCCAAAAACAAGUGUUUUGGCUCUAAAAGCUAUUAGAUCUCUAUGAACAAAGCUCUAUAGAGCUUUGGAUUGGCCUUUUUCAACUCUCAAAGCUUCCCCCAGGAUUGUUGUGUAAAAUUGGAUCGUGGAUAUGAACUGUAUUCCACAUGUUCCCCCAGGGUUUAGGUUUCACCCAACGGAUGAAGAACUUGUUGAUUAUUAUCUCAGGAAAAAGGUCGCUUCCAAGAGAAUUGAUUUAGAUAUCAUCAAAGAUGUUGACCUUUACAGAAUCGAGCCAUGGGAUCUUCAAGAGCUAUGUAAACUUGCUGGAAGUGAAGAUCAGAAUGAAUGGUAUUUUUUUAGCCACAAAGACAAGAAGUAUCCGACGGGAACUCGAACAAAUCGAGCUACCAAAGCUGGGUUUUGGAAAGCAACUGGUAGAGACAAAGCUAUAUAUGCUCGUCAUUCUUUAGUUGGCAUGAGAAAAACACUUGUUUUUUAUAAAGGAAGAGCUCCCAAUGGCCAAAAAUCUGAUUGGAUUAUGCAUGAAUACCGACUCGAAACUAAUGAAAAUGCUACUCCUCAGGAAGAAGGAUGGGUUGUUUGCAGGGUUUUCAAGAAGAGGAUGCCGACUGUGAGAAAAGCCGGUGACUAUGGCUCACCGUGCUGGUACGACGACCAAGUCUCCUUCAUGCCAGAGCUUGAUUCUCCAACCACCCAAAUCUUUCACCAUCCAGCUUAUCCUUGCAAGCAAGAGCUUGAGUUGCACUUCCAUGCCCCACCACACGACCAGGUUUUCCUCCAACUCCCUCACCUCGAAAGUCCAAAAAUCCCCACAUCUUCAGCCACCAACUCUCUGCUCCCUUACGCCUAUGACCGAGACACUGGAGUCACUCCGCUUUACGGCGUCGAGCACACCGUGGAUCACGUGACCGACUGGAGAGUAAUGGAAAAAUUUGUUGCUUCUCAACUCAGCAAUGAUCAAGAUUUGAAGCAAUCCAACUAUUCUCAUGGAGCUAUUUUUCAAGUGCCGCCCAACUCAGGUGGUGCUGCCACCGUGUCGGAGUGUGAUCGUAAAGAUAUGGCGCCGGAGUUUGCACUGGCAUCCCCAUCAAGUUGCCAAGUGGAUAUGUGGAAGUGAUCAGAAAGGAAAAGUUCAAAAACGAAAAAAGAAUUAUUUUCUACAUGGUGUGUUUCAAUAAAAAAAAAAAAAAAAAAGAUUUAGAAGAUAUACAAAAUACUAAUUAUAGGAAGUACAGUUGAAAGGAGAAGCCAAAAUAUUAAUGAUCUUAUGAGGUUGCUGUACAUAAUAAAGAAGCAAAAUGGAUGGUAUGCCUUUUAAUUAACUACUGCUGAACUUUUUAAUAUAUAAUCAAAAUAUAUAUAUAUAUUGAUUAAUAUAUUAAAUACACACAUACACACACAUAUAUAGGGAUAAUUUUUAGAGUAGAAUAUAUAUAUUAUUAAUUACUUAUUAUAUUGAAUAAAUUUGAGGAAGUUUGUUGUCUAUGAUAUUGAUCCCGAGGGUUUAUUGGAAAUCAACUCGGUGACAGUGAAUAUAUAUGGUUUGAAUGUA